AUUGUGUUACGAAGUAUUCAAGAAAGACGUUAACUACUGACAUUCAAUAAAACUCGCGUCAAUCGCGCUCAUAACAGUUGCAAGGAAGCACAGUCUCCAUCAAAAUGUUCACCAGACUAGCAGCAACACAAACUCUCACUAAAGGCCCACGCCCACUAGUUUUAUGCGGACCGUCCGGCUCUGGGAAGAGCACGCUGCUGAAACGUCUCUUUGCAGAAUUUCCAAACACUUUUGGUUUCAGCAUUUCGCAUACAACGCGUGCGCCACGUGCCGGUGAGGUGCAUGGCAUCCAUUACUACUUUGUCGAUCAGCAGGAAAUGCAGAAAAAGAUCGCGAAUGAUGAAUUCAUUGAGACCGCAAUUUUCAGCGGCAAUAUGUAUGGCACCAGUAAGGCAGCAGUGCGUGAGAUACAGCAGGCGGGCAAAGUGUGCGUACUGGAUAUAGAGCCGCAAGGUGUGGAGCAAAUUAAAAAGACGGACUUGAAUCCAAUUUUGGUUUUCAACAAUCCACCAACAAUCCGAGAUUUGGAAUUGCGUUUGCGCAAGCGCCAAACUGAAACGGAGGAAACAUUGCAAAAGCGACUGACUGCAGCUGUAGAGGAGAUAGCAUAUGGGCUGAAGAAUGGAAAUUUUCAUAAGAUUAUUAAUAAUAUUGAAAUUGAUGCAGCUUACCUAGAGUUCAGAGAUUUCAUUGUGAACGAGUUGAAGAAGCAAGAGGCCGAAGGUGUUCGUAUUCGUUGGAAAUGAAUCUUAGACUUGGAGUGUUGAAAAAUUACGAAAUAAUAGUCGAGUUCAUGUUGUCAAUAGAAGAUAAGAACAUAUGUAAUG